AUGUGCAACCUGACUAUAGAACUUCAACGAAUGCAUGACAUACUGCAAGAACGAGUUGAAACUGCUCCUACCAAGAACAGUCGUUACACCUGUGGAUACGAAAGAGGAAGUCGUCGAAGAGGAAGACCAAGGUUCUUAAUUCCUGAAAGGCAGUUGGUGGGCCUUCGAUCCUUAAAUUUUACAUGGAAACAAAUCGCAGAAAUGUUAGGUGUUUCAGAGAAAACUUUGCGUCGUCGUCGUAUAGACUCUGAUUUGCCUGUAUGUGAGAAUAAUUAUUCAAACAUCACAGAUGAAGAACUAGAUAGGACAAUAAGCUUGAUACUUGGAACCUCCCCAAAUUCUGGAGAACGAAUGGUAACAGGAGCACUAGUGUCUCAAAAUGUUAGAGUACAAAGAGCAAGAAUUUGUGCCUCCAUUAACAGAGUGGAUCCUAUUAAUCGACAACUAAGGAAUCAUAUAUCUAUUCAUAGACGAGUUUACAGUGUCCCAACUCCAAAUGCAUUAUG